GAAAUGCGACAUAGGUUAACCAGCAUGCAGGCACUGGAGCUGGAUCUGGCAUCUUUGGGAAUCUUUUCUGCGCAGGGCUUUGCUCCUAUGGCCUACAGCACUGUAUUAACCAGCCAGACUUGCAAGACCAAAAAAGCCCCAUAGAAAAGUCUCAGCGGGACAAGAGGCAAAAUAAUGACUAGACACACCUGGCAAGUGUGGGCCAUCUACAUGGUCUUAGCUGCAAACCUCUCCAGAGAGCAAGAGCUGAAGCAGACUUGUCCUUCCUGCGAUACCACUGAGAUUUGCAACUGCUCUUCCAUGGGCUUGGACUUGAUUCCACCUGGGCUCACAGCCAAAACCACAGUGUUAAACCUGGCCCACAACAGGAUAAAGCACAUCCGAUCCCAGGACCUGUGGCACGCUGUGAACCUGAGAGCCCUGCUGCUGCAGUCCAACAAAAUCAACUCAAUAGAUGAGGACUCAUUUCGCUCCCUUGGGAAACUGGAGCUCUUGGACUUGUCAAAUAAUAGCUUGGCUCACUUGUCCCCUAUGUGGUUUGGGCACCUCUUUUCGCUCCAACAUCUCCACCUUCAAGGCAACUCCUACAGAGACCUGGGGCAAAGCUCCCUAUUCUCUACCCUGAGGAACCUGAGCUCUCUCCACCUGGGCAACCCGUGGUUUUCCACGAUCAGGCAAGGGAACUUUGAGGGCAUUGUGCGUCUGGACAAGCUGUGGAUUGACGGUGGCAAUCUCAGCCAGUACGAGCCGGGAAGUUUGGAGCUGAUUAGGAAGAUAAAUCACAUGAUCAUGAACAUAAGAAGUAUUAACAUAGUCUCGGCAAUUGUCAGGGACCUUCUGCACUCUGUUGCUUGGUUAGAAGUGAGGAAAAUAGACCUCAAUAUACCUGCUGAAAUGCAGCUAUUGAGAGUCAUGGCGUCUUCUUUUGCAAACAAAAUUUCCUUUAAGCAGACUCUAGUAACAGAUGCUACUGUGCCUGAGGUUGUCAGCAUUUUAGCAGACAUGCCAAAAUUAGAGGAGAUUGAGUUCAUAGACUGUAGACUCUUGGGAACUGGACAAUGGAAAAUGCAAAUUCAUGUAAACCAAUCACAGACUGUUAAAGUUUUGACAAUAGAGAAAUUAUCUAUAGAACAAUUCUAUUUGUUUACAGACCUUCAGAAUGUGCAAGGACUAAUAUCCCUUCUCACCAAAAUCACGGUUGAAAACACCAAGGUCUUUUUGGUACCAUGCAAGCUUUCACAACAUCUUCGAUCAUUAGAGUAUCUUGACCUUAGUUCAAAUUUGCUUGGAGACCAGGGUUUGAAGCAUUCGGCAUGUCAGGGUGGUUGGCCCUUACUGCAAACUCUAAAUUUAAGUCAGAACUCACUGAGUGACUUAGAAAUGACGGGUAAAAGUUUGUCUCAUCUGAGACACCUGGUUCUCCUAGACAUUAGCCAAAAUAAUUUUGGUGAGAUUCCAGAUGUGUGUGAUUGGCCAAAGACCCUGAAAUAUUUAAACCUCUCCAGCACUCAAAUUCCUAAGGUAACGACUUGCAUUCCCUCAACGCUGGAGGUAUUGGAUGUUAGUGCUAACAAUCUGAAGGAGUUUGGACUGCAACUCCCAUUUCUGAAAGAGCUGUACCUCACCAGAAACCAGCUGAAGACCUUGCCUGGUGCGGCAUCUGUCCCUAACUUAGUGGCCAUGUCAGUCAGAAGAAACAAGCUCAACAGUUUCUCGAAGGAAGAGCUCGAGUCCUUCAAGCACAUGGAGCUGCUGGAUGCUGGCAACAACAACUUCAUCUGCUCCUGUGAGUUCCUCUCCUUCAUCCACCACCAGGCGGGACUAGCGCAGGUGCUGGUGGGGUGGCCGGACAAGUACGUCUGUGACUCUCCCCUGGCAGUGAGAGGGGCUCAGGUUGGAGCCGUGCACCUCUCGCUGAUGGAGUGCCACCGGUCCCUCGUGGUAUCGUUGAUCUGCACCCUGGUGUUCCUGGUCAUCCUCGCUCUCGUGGCAAUCGGCUACAAGUACCACGUGGUCUGGUACCUGAGAAUGACCUGGGCAUGGCUCCGAGCCAAGCGGAAGCCCAAGCGAGCCCCCCCAAAGGACCUCUGCUACGACGCUUUUGUCUCCUACAGCGAGAACGACUCGGACUGGGUGGAGAACAUCAUGGUGCGGGAGCUGGAGCAGGCCUGCCCCCCCUUUCGGCUCUGCCUCCAUAAGCGGGACUUUGUGCCCGGGAAGUGGAUUGUGGACAACAUCAUCGACUCCAUAGAGAAGAGCCACAAAACGCUCUUUGUGCUGUCCGAGCACUUUGUGCAGAGCGAGUGGUGCAAAUAUGAGCUGGACUUCUCGCACUUCCGCCUCUUUGAUGAGAACAACGAUGCAGCGAUUCUCAUCCUUCUGGAGCCUAUCCAGAGUCAAGCGAUUCCCAAGAGGUUCUGUAAGCUGCGGAAGAUCAUGAACACCAAGACCUACCUGGAGUGGCCUCUUGAAGAAGAGCAGCAGGGCAUGUUUUGGUUUAAUUUGAAAAUAGCUCUAAAAUCUUAGAGAGGGACAUUAACGAAUAAAUGUGUAGCAAAUGUACUUUGGAUUUGUUUCCCUUUUCAUCUCAUCACCUAUCUGUAUGUUGAGAAUAGAGUGCUGAGCUGCUGUAAAUUCUAUUACUUUCUUCUUGUAGCCAUGUACAUUAUUUUUUUAUUGUAGCUGUGGUCAUGGGUUGUUGUACUGGUCUCAUCUGGAAUAGAAUUGAUAUUCCUCGUAGUUUCUCCUUUGUUGCUGUGGUUUGGGUUUGUGACACAAUCAGUGAUGAUUACACAGGGAUGUUUUAGUUACUGCUGAAGAGUUCUUGCACAGCAUCAAGGCCUUUUCUGUUUCUCAC